CACUCUUCUUCUUGAAUCCAUUCAUCCGCUCCAUACAAAUGCUUGCUUCGUCUGCGCUACGCCUCGUCCUCGCUCCCUCGCUCUGCAACGCUGUUGCAAACAACGCCAUCCGCGCCGCGUCCACCUCGGCUUCAGCCUCCAAGCCAAAGAAAACCACCCAGCUCAAGCAGAUGCUCACCUCCAACAACCUCGAGUUCCUUAUGGAGGCCCACAACGGCCUCAGUGCCAAGAUUGUCGAGGAAGCAGGCUUCAAGGGCAUCUGGGGCUCGGGCCUCUCCAUCUCGGCAUCGCUGGGCGUUCGCGACUCGAACGAGGCGUCGUACACUCAGGUCUUGGAGGUGCUCGAGUACAUGUCGGACGCAACCACCAUCCCGAUUCUGCUCGACGGUGACACUGGCUACGGCAACUUUAACAACGCCCGCCGCCUCGUCACCAAGCUCGAGCAGCGUGGCGUCGCUGGCGUCUGCAUGGAGGACAAGACCUUCCCCAAGACCAACUCGCUCCUCGACGGCCGUGCCCAGCCCCUGGCCGACAUUGAAGAGUUCUCGGGCAAGAUCCGCGCCUGCAAGGACACCCAGAAGGACGCCGACUUUUGCGUCGUCGCCCGCGUCGAGGCUUUCAUUGCCGGCUGGCCGCUUGAGGAGGCGCUGCGUCGCGCCGAGGCCUACCACAAGGCCGGCGCCGACGCCGUGCUCAUCCACAGCAAAAAGAAGGACCCCUCCGACAUUGAGGCCUUCAUGAAGGCCUGGAACAACCGCGCUCCCGUCGUCAUUGUGCCCACCAACUACUACACCACCCCGACCGACCGAUUCCGCGAGCUCGGCAUCUCGACCAUCAUCUGGGCCAACCACAACAUGCGCACCGCCAUCUCGUCCAUGCAGGCCACCACCAAGCAGAUCUUCCAGGACCAGUCCCUCAAGAACGUCGAGACCAAGAUUGCCACCGUCAAGGAGGUCUUCAGGCUGCAGAACGACCAGGAGCUGACCAAGGCCGAGGACAAGUACCUGCCAAAGGAGAAGUAAAAAAAAGCAAAAGCUGAAAAUUGAAGUACAAAAGGGGUUGAUGACCGAUUUUUGUGUUGUUUUUGGUAACAAAAAAAAAAUGCUUGAACGUGCUUCAUUCUCCCGUGCUUUUUGUUUGUUUGAUUGUUUGUAGUACUAGUAGUAGUUUGUAGUUGUAGUAGUCGCAGUAGUAGUUCAACAACCAAAAACAAACACUCCC